GGCUGUUGUCCGGACGGACACUUGCUGUGGCGGACGCACAUGUCGUACUUCACCUUGUGGUAUCCCGGUUUACACUGACACUGGCAGUUGCUGUACGCGGUGCAGCCUGUCUUCUCCACCUCGUUGUGGCCGCACACGCCGCAGCGCAGACACUUCCCGAUGUAGUUCCACAGCUCCGUGAACGAGCCCGGCGGACACUGCGCGCACUGGGUCUUCUGCGUCGCCGUGCAGGACGCGCGCAUGAAGGUGCCGGGCGGACAUCGGUCGCACUCCAGCGAGCCGCCGGUGAUCGGGUCCGUGACCAUGAAGGUGAGGAGCGGCGUGGCGACGCCGACGGCCAGAGCGGCGUGCGCCGACAGCAGCGCCGUGGAGAGGAGCGAUGCCAACAUCUGGAAGGUCACAGGAGGAGAGACGGGAAAUGAGAGAAAGGAAAUCCACUGAACGUUCACAGUGUCAUACGAGGAGCCACAGGCGAAAUGUGAAGACAUGACGAGAUGCAGCGAAGUUGAACAAAAAGGGGAAACAUGGAGAAAGACAGCAAAACAACAAGCGAACACAACACGCGCAAACUGAUGUCACACCUGGAACAGGUCAUCACCCACUACCCAUCACAGAAAAAUGUAAUCAAAGUCUGUGAUCCGGAAGAUGCUCUGAUAGUCAACAAUAUCAACAAGAGAAAAUAGAAAACAGCUGCCAAGUUGAUGAUCAAGCACAAGGAGCUUGUCAAGGAAAUGAAGCUCAAAAUCCUUGAGCUAAUUCGGGAUGAGUGUAAAACACUCUGCAACCCCAAUGAAGGCUUCAUGCUGUGGAGGUCAUCAGCUAAAGACCUAAAGUCCUUUUCAUUUUCCAGUCUACAUUCUGAUCUCAACCGUAUUUCGCCGUCUUUUUAACCAUCACCAACAACUCCCUUCAUGCCACCUGUGCUGCAGCCGCCAUUGCUUUAAGAGGAAGACAACCACGCAUGUCAGCAUUUGCGUACCUUUUGAAUAGUAUCCUUCAAUAGGGUGGGGCAAAGAAGGCCGUCUUUGAUAGGCUCAGCAAAAUGUCAAUAACAACGAGUCACAGGGCUGCAGUCGGAAAGCAGAAGGAGAUGGCUAAUGAAUAUCGGCCUGGUCUUUGUCAGUUGAAACAUCAGAACGAAAUCUUUCUGAAUAUGGGAGCAGAAACGCACACAGUCAAUGAGGAUGAAGGAGAGGAUGAAGGAGAGGAUGAAGGAGAGGAUGAAGUCAUCGGCGAUCUUUCUGAGAUGGCACUCAAGAUCUUUCGUAGCAUGGAAGACCUUCAGUUAUCAGAGGAGGUGACUGAAAGCAGCAAUGAGGUCCAGGCUGCUGGAGAAGCAUUUUUGAUACCAAUGACUCUGCCAGACACACAGUCAACUCCACCACCUACAUAUGCAAUCCUAUUUGAUAAUCUGGACUUCUUCAUCCGCACUCACCACCAGUCCACCAUCCACAAUAACCAAAGCAUACACUGGAUACAUCACAUUGCCGUACAAGACAGGAUCCCCACAUACCACCUCGAUAACAACAAACCGAUUCAAGACCUCCUGGAGUAUGACCUUGGGAAAUCUCUUCCUGGACUUGAAACUCAGACAUACAUGCAACGAGAGUUCAUUGUCAUUGGGAGCAGAAUGUUAACAAAGUACUUCUCUGUGUUGAAACCAUUCUCGGACAUUGUGGUGCAUCACAUUCCCCAUGACUACACUGAUGAAAUGGCACAACGCUCCAUAGAUUUCCCCUUGGGACUUCUCUUCAAGGAUGAGAACAAAACUGCGGACCUCGUGGAUGUACUUCGCCACCUUCAGAAUGAGUAUGUGCCGAAUGGCCCCGAUGGCAUGUCCAGUCUUUUUGUCGGUGGUGACCGGCUCACAGAGGGGAACUGCCGAAAUAUUCAGUGGGCUUUUGCUGAUGGUGAAACAAAGCAAUACCGACUGGAAGGCAUGGUCUUCAAAUUCGAGGACUGGCAUGCAAUUCAAGUAUUGUUUGACAUACACUACCGGAUAUUCUACAAUGCUGCGUCUGCAAAAGACCAUGGAACACUCCAUGCGAAUAUGACCAAGUUGAGUGUUUGAUGACUGUCCAAAUCCAGUCAACAUGGAUGUGUCUGGAUACUUCAUGAAUUCUUGUUCUUUGUUUGGGGAUGGGGAAACACACUCCUGCCAUCAUGAAUUCAGCAGGGCUUUUCCUUUGGAGGUGUUUCAGUACAUAUGCCAGUUUGGCAUGCUGUGGGGAAUUUGGUGCAGCAAUGCUAAGCAAGGUCCCCAUACUGCAUAUAACGCAUACAAGGAAUUUGUCAUUAAAAGACACAACUGCACUGUUCCUGGCAGCAGCAAUGGAGCACUUUGGGUUGCAGGAUCUCACAGAACACCCAGAGUCUUUUAUUCCAGAGAACAUCGUUGACUAAUCACCUGACGUGAAGAGGACCUGGCUGCAUGAAGCUACCGCAAAGGUUAUUGACCAAUAUGUGAUGCUCAGCGAUAUUCCGGAAACUGCUAGAGGUGUCAGUAAAGCAUCUGCUACACCUAUUCCCAAAAAACAGUUUCCUUGCCGCAUAGAGGGAUGCAUGCAAACUUACACAUACCUUAAGGCAAGGGAGACACAUGAGAAGAAUAAACAUAACCUUGUGUUGCCUUCAGAGUCGAUGCCCAAGACCAGCACUCCCACACAGUGUGACCACAUAAAAGAGCACACCAUGGCAAGACUAGGUUUUGGCUUCCUCCUACUUAAUGUACUGGAUGCCAUUAAAGAAGGUGAUGGUGGUAGAUUAAUGAGGCUGUACAAAGUUGCAUUGCUUUUUUACAAAGCUUAUGGACACACACGCUAUGCGUACAGCACGUUCCUUCUCACCUUGCAGGUCAACGCUACACUAUCACCCCGCACGGCUCACAGUGUGACAUGGAACCGCUUUUGGAAUGGUCGAGGCGGGAAGGGUACAAACAUCCCACUCGAUCUACACCUGGAACAUCUCAACAACUUCCUAAAAUCAUUCCUGAAAGGUCUUUGAGCCAACCUGAAUGAGCAGUCUGCAGCCAGAAUAAGUCAAUCUAUUGGAGUGCUAAGGGAGCUGGUGGACAACACUGAUUUAGAACUGAAGGUCACAAGGCAGACUGGCACCCAUCGAGCUCACGAACAGAGUGGUGAUGUUGUAGCGCUAGUCGCAAUUUUUAGGGAGGCAGAACUAUUUAAGGAACAAACAGGGAGGGAAUUCAGUGCAUUCCCAGGUUUCACAAAAAACCUUUUGGAGAGGCUGGACUACGGUGAAUUGUGGCGUUGGAUGAGGGAAAAAAUAAGACUGGAGAAGUGUGCCAAUCUGAGAACUAAGGGUGUGGGCAUCACGUUUACUUUGGAAAAAUGUUGAUGUCUGCAAAGAUUUUCUGAAAAUGUUAAAAGUGUCCAUGUUAUUCUCUUUUUCAUGUACAUAAUUGUAUUUAGAGGUUGUACCAGAAUAUGUUUACAUGGUAUAAUUUUCAGAAAACGCCAUAUAUUUGUUGUAUUGCACAUUGCUGCAGCUCCUUUUUUCCACCCUAUGUGUUGAGCUCUCUGUUUUAGUUACAGAGUGAGGAAUCACACUUCUGUUACUUUGUUGGGAGUCGCACAUGUGCAAUAGCUAGGUAAGGACUAUUAGCCAGUAAUAAGCAGAGUAUGAGGG